CUGAUACUCAGGUUAUCGCGAAUCAUGAUCUGUUAGCUAGAGGACAGACGCACGGAAUUACGUCACAGUUUAGGUAGCCAAUAUCAUUCCCUUAUUUGUAUAAAUUAUGUACGCGUGAUAUUUGUAAAAUAUCGACUUUUUCAAAUUGCCAAAUGUGUGCGUGGAUAAAAAGUAAGGGAUUUACCUGUUUAAUUCGGGGGGUUUUAUUAUAUAAAACAAAUAGAUGAACCACUUGCCUCGGCGGCUCGUGUGCUACUUUUUUGUUCUUUCCUCAUUAUGACGUCAUACUGUGUAUCUAUAAAUGGUCAGACAACGGCAAAAUCUUAUCUAUUUGUUAAACAAUAUAGACUAACAAUAAGCAAAUUAUAGAACAAUUCUGUAAUGCCAUACUUUCGGCAAUUGACAUGUGACGCUUUGUAAAACACGUACAAUGGCGCGAGAUGGCGUGAGCAAGUCGCCUGGUCAGGUCGUAUAUGUCAUUUCGUUAAUAUUAAAUUAAAGAGGUUCAGAUAUGACUUCCACUACUGCUACUGCUACUACAUCCUCGUACCCAGGGUCUAUAUUGGAAAGUCCCUGCGACGGAGGUUGCUACUAAUGCUACUACUACCAUUAAGGGAUUAUUAACCAAUCAGAUGCGUUUGACAUAUCCGAUUAACCAAUCUGGCAUGAAAUAAGAAAAUUUCGUGGUUGAAGAAGAUUAUUAUUGCUGCUUGAAAAGUAUGCAGUUUCGCUGAAUUACGAACCGCGACUUCGCUAUGUCAACCGGCAAAGUGAGAUCGUGUAAACAGCCCCAUAAAAUUACUAUGCUUUCUUCUAGAAAGUGGCGACAAUGAAAGGUUAAUUAGCCUUACGUAAAAAGCCAAAAUCCGUCAUAUUGGGGUACUGUCUGCCCUCGUCAAAAAUUUUACACAAUUCAAACAACUUGGAAAGCGACUUUUUAAAUUUGUUACUGUAAAUUUACCAUUAUAUAAAUAAUUAUAACAAUAAAGAGUCGCGUUUCGUGGUGUGGAGACUCUCAAACGUAGGAGAGGCAGUACCCCCAAAAUGGCGGGAAAAUCGGCCAUGAGAAAAGCCAAUUUAACAUACCACAAGUCCACAACAAAUACAAAAUUAGACAAAAUUCAAAAAAUGAAUGCGCAUCUUGUUAUUCUUGCAUGUGCAGUAUUAUCGAUGUUAAAGAUCGAUAAAAACAAGACAUUUAUUUUGUAUUUUUUAAAGCUGUCUGUUUGGCACGGUAAGUGAAUAUGUGACUAUACCACAGAAUAAGGCACACAGAAGGUCGACUCGACUUCACUUGAGUAACCACUGCCACGCCAUGAUUCAUCAUCAAAAUACUGACGCCAUAGUCCUAGCCAGUGCGGGUUUGAGAGGCAUUCCCCCCCUGGACGUCCGCCAUUUUGAAUAUUAUCAAGGGGUGAAUGCCUCUAAAAUGCGCACUGGCUAGGACCAUGGCGUCAGCAUUUGAUGACGAAUUACGGGUUACGCCAAAAUCAUAGGAGAAUCAUAGGAAAAACAAAGAAGUCGGUCUUCUGUGUACCUUAUUCUGUGACUAUACCGUACAUCAGCGAUCGUUUGCACGUCUAAGGAUAAACUCUAAAAUGGUCAUUGAGUUGGUGGUAUGCCCAUGAAACACCUGUAAACGGGAACGUUCUUUAAAUACAAUAGUCAAAUUAUUAUGGAUAUCGCUCGUCCACUGGGCUAUGCAAAGCAUUGCGAUAUAUAAUACAGCCCAGCCCCAAAGCACUUUUUAUCUUUUCCCAGAUGAAAUAGCGGGUGUCCAGCAAGCUACUGUCCAGUUUAUUGAAGACGCUGCUGCUAAUGACGACGAAGACUUUCAUUACGUUUUAGUACCGUUCAACGAUCCAGGUGAGCCGUAUUAGAGUUAUACACUAAAAAAUACAUGCAUGCAGAAACCUCGCCUUGCUGACAAAACCAUUGUAUUUUCCGAACAUAAAGUAUUUAAUUAAAGUAGUUGUCAUGGUAACACGAUAAUUGCUGACGCAGCGAGCGAGCCUGAAGCGAGCGAGCAAGUCAGCAGUUCUAAUUUGUAUUGCACUGAAAGUAAGAUUUUACUUCCGUUUCUCCGACCAGAAUGCACUGCUGUUAACCAACCAGGAUGCUUUGCAUGCAUGAUGCUAUAAAUACGGGGAAUCUCAUUAGUCAGUUUAUAUCAGCCAGUAACGAUGCGGCUGUUUUAGUGUAUUUUGUAUUCAUUAUAUGGUCUGUUGAUUCCUAGCUGGUUUUACACUAUACAGGGUGUCCCCCAAAAAGCGAAAACUAUAUUGAAAUAAAUGUAUUGUUACAAUUUGAAUGCCUCAGCACUCUGCUGAACCUGCACGUGCAUUAAAACUAGACGUAAGUAAAUUUUAUGCAUAAAGAAACCGUUUUUAAAAGAAGCUGUUUUAAAUUCCCAAGAGCAGAAAAUCGUGUGCUUUGGACAGAUAUUUUAAUUUCUUAAUAAGUCAAUAUUUAAUAUUUGCACCCUGUCAAUAUUUUACGCAUCUUUGCGUUCAGUUUAGUGCUAGCUAGGACAUUCAAAUUUUAACAAUACCAGGGCACCCAUGCCAUCAGCCAUACCUCGGCAAUUCAGACAUCUUUGGGUUGCGAAUAUAUAUGGUCAACAUCUGGAUGAGCUUUGACGAAUUUUAUCACGUCGAACACUUCGCGCACGCGACCGGUUAGCAGCAUACAUGCGUCUAUGUACCUGCUUUUAAAGAAAGUUUAGUUAUUUGAAAUCCUUGCUAAAAGUGAAUAAAAUGUACAUAAAGAACUUGACGUAACGUGGACACGUAUGCAAGAUGCUUACUUACUGCCAUCUAAUGUGCUCGUAUACUUUCGAUAUGUAUGUGUCGUCAUUCAUGACCCAACCCGUCUGUGUCGAAAUUAUUUCAAGACAUCGUCAAGCGAUGAAAGCAGUUCUUUCUUCCCCUCUUCCCCUCGUCUCUUUUGAUAUUUUUGGGAUGGCUCUGCCUCAUCGUGUGUUGGACUUGGAGGAUUACAAGAUUCCAAUUGACAGCGGUUAUUCUCCUCGUCUGACGACGCUGAUGAGGAUGAUGGCAAUUGAAAGCGUCGGCGACUGAGGUCUCUCAGCACUGCAUUCCGUUCCUGCUCUCCAUCCCGCACAAAAGAGCAUCUGCUGGGAUCGACCUCGAGACAUUUGGUUCUUCUUCCAUUUCGCUGAGAUCUUGAGAACUGAUGUUUCUCACAGCCGUCGAGUCGAAUAUGGAUCUAAUAAUGAAGGGAACUUUUUAUAAUUAAUAGAUUAUCAUUUAUUACCCGUGACGCAUAUGGAAAGCACCAUAGUUUGUUUGUGGGCAGAGAAAUGCAGCUGAUAAUGUUAAGAGCUUUAGAGCUUACCGUGCUAUGUUGUUAUCAUCUAUGACCUAUGGUGCGCCGUCGGUGUUCUCGUACCAGCGCACCUCGCGUGGACAACCCAAGAAUCAGCUGUGAAAGCAAUGGAAGAUUAAUGUAUUGACGAGAUUCGCAAUUGGAUGGCGGCCAACCGUCUUUUUAUUCAAAGUAUACUAAGGCGAAGUUUAUUACCAUUGGCUCUCGUUAACAAUAUUUAAGGUAUCAAUUGACGAAUUGUGAUUUGAGGGUUGGUGAGGUGCAUGCAUGGCAAUUUCCCCGGUAAACGUUGUUCGUAACCUUGGGUCAUGGUUUGAUAUACAUGCAUGUCCACGAGCACAAAUGUUGGCAAAGUCGGCAGCAACUUCAUAUCGAUUAUUGUGACUUGUUGCUGUAUUAAUAGAAUUUCGAAAUAUCAAUGGACAACUUGCAUGUUAGACUAAAUUUUAACUGAUCUAAGGUAAAGAGAAGGGAAUCAAACACAACAGUUAAAAAGAACGUAAUGAAAUUAGUAAAAAUUGCAAAAUUUGGGUACGAAAUGUUGUAAAAUACAGAAAAUAUAGUCUUGCGAAUUUGCAUAUUUUCAGUAUAUAUUUGUAUAACGUGCGGAAGUUGUCAUCAUUUUCGGCUCAAAAAUGGUAACAAUUCCGCACGUAAUGCAAACAUACUGAAAAUAGGCAAACUUCGCAAGGCUAUAUUUUACAACAUUUCGUACCCAAAUUUUGCAAUUUUACUGAUUUUAAUAAGUUCUUUACGGGAAUUUACUUUUUUUGCCUAAAUCAAAAAUUAGUCUGACAUGCAAGUUGUCUAUUAGAUCGGUUGCAGAAAGUUCUAAAUGCUGCUGCUUGUGUUGUAUGUCUCACACCUAAAUUUGAUCACAUUACCCCAACAUUAAAUUAAUGAAACUGCAUUGGUUACCGGUGAAACAUCGUGUCAUAUUUAAGAUUCUAUUACUAGUCUAUAAAGCCCUUUAUAGUUUAGCUCCUAAAUAUAUUUGUGACAUGUUAACAUUUAAACAAUGUAAUCACCAUUCGCUGUGAUCAGACAAGCAAGAACUGGUUCAUGUUCCAACUAUACGUCUUUUGGUGAUCGUGCCUUUAUGAAAGGAGGACCCGCUCUUUUGAAUUUAAUAUUGUAUGAAAUUCGGCUUUCAUCUUCUUUGAAUUCAUAGUUUAAAGAAAAAGAGCAGAGCCCAGCAAAUAACUUUAAAUCCAAACAUAAUAAAAGUAAAAAAAAUAUUAGCUAUAACGUUUCGUUGUUUACAAUACAACAUCUUCAGAGCAAUAAUGUAUAAUGUAAUUUUUAACUUAACUUAGUUUUUUGUAACUGCAUAUAUUUUAUACGCUUUAGAAUAUUCUGUAUAUAGUUUUAGCGCUAUAUAAAUUCUUACUAAAUUAAAAUUAAAUUAAAUUAAUAUAGUAUUGAACGGCAUAGUUGGAAAAGACAAACAAAAAAAUAUUUAUUAAUUAGCAGUGAUGAAUAUUUGUGUCACACAAAAUAAUCAUAGAAUACACUGAUAUCGAAGAAACUAGACUCAGCGUUCCGAAAUACCAUCAACUCGAACCGACUUUACCACGUAGCUCAGUUGGCAGAGCAUUGGACUAGUAUCCCAAAGGUCGCGGGUUCGAUUCCCACCGUGGCCAAGCAAACUUUUUAGCUUGCCCGGUGUAGAUGCAUACUCAGAGUCAGCAUCACAAACAUCAUAUUCACCUGAGUACAUAACACCAACACACAAAAAUGAUCAAAUAUACGAGGUGUUUCCACAAACAAAAGUAUUAAAAAAAAUAUCGAAUUGAAGCCAAGGCGGGAUAUUAGGGGGCAUAAAAAUAGACGUCGUAUGAACACAGAAGUAAUUAGGGCCGUGGCGAAGAGGCUAAAGAAGGGGGCGCUGCAGGCCCGUAGCUGAGGGGGGGGGGGCUGGGGGGCAGUGUCCCGUAGAAGAUUAAUACUUGAGGCUCAUAGUCAUACUCAAUUUUUGUAUGAAAAUAGAUUGCUUGUGGCCUAAAAUAAAUAACCUAAUAGGCGUAGAGUAGGGGGGGGGGCUUUGGAGCUCGAGCCCCUCCAGAAAUCUUACACCGGGGGCUUAGCCCCUGCAGACGUUUGCGGAACUAAUAGCUGUCAAUGUUGUUAUUUUUUUUUUUGGGGGGGGCUAAGUACCAAAAUUUGGUAUGAAAAACUGAGAUAAAGUACCUGGAAAGCAAUUGCAACGUACUCGUCCGGACAAUUUUUUUACCUAAAAAGUUGUCGACGGGGAGGGGAGGGGGGGGUCGAGUCAGAAUCAUCCCAACCCCUCUGUUACAUUCUUUCUGCAGUGCUCCCCCCAGAAAUUGAGAGCCAGCUACGGGCUUGGGGGGCUGUAGUAUCACAUUUACCGACAAAAUUAACAUUUCAGUCGUUAUUCAUAUUUUCCCCCAAAAUUGUUGGCGAGGGGGGAGGGUCAAAAUUUUUCCUGGACAUACCGUUUUUCACAAACUUCCCCAUUAAUGUAUCGUCAUUUUUUAACUUUUUUUUCGUAAUUUUCGUAAAUUUAGCGAAUUUUUUGUUAUAGCUAUUACUUGAUAUUCCGAGUCACUCAAAUAUUUUCGCUGACUACGAAACCAAAUUGCCGCCAAAUCCGAAAACAAUUUGCCGGGUCAAGCAAAUAUUUGAUGAAUGGGGAGGGGUUACACACCUCCUCUAGCUACGCCCCUGGAAGUAAGUCAUCCCAGUCUACAUGUUGCAAUUCCCACCAAACGGCGAAACCAGGCUGGUUGGCAUGUUUCCCUGUCUUUCUUAAAACGUUUUCCCGCUUUAUAUCUUAUAGAUGUUGGUCCAGUAUUAACAACAGAUGAUCCUGAAGUAGCAAAACAAACAGUGAACUCCCUCAGAGCACACGAUGGUGGUGAUUGCGCAGAAUUGGGCAUGAGUGGUCUUUAUUUAGCUCUUCUUAACAGUCUACCUAACUCUGAUGUAUAUCACUUUACUGAUGCUGCCGCCAAAGAUGCCCAUCUAGUAUUCUCUGUGAUAUCAAUCGCAUUGCAAAGAAACUGUAGAAUUUAUCUUUUUAUCAGUGGCCACUGCGGUAGUCGUAGGCGAAGAAGCUUAACAGAGCGAGAGGUGUAUGAAAAACUAGCCAGUGCAACCGGAGGACAGCUCAUAGAAUAUUCAAAGUCUAAUAUUGAUGAAGCUAUCAAGCUUAUUCGCCCCGCAAAUAUUUCUGCCGAAGGAAAUUCGUCGUUGUCAGAAGAAGUCUCGUUGCUGUCUGUUGAAGUUAAUGCUAACAACGUAACUACGAAAUCCUACAAUGUUCAAAGUGAUUCUACCAUUACUUCAAUUACAGCUGUAUUAAGUGCUGGAGGAAGUACCAAUAUCAAAGUAGUUCCACCUCAAGGUACAGUGAUACCUAAACACCAGGAAACCAGCACCAACAGAAAGAUAGAGAUAGCCAGAAAUACACAUAGGCAUGCAGACGAACAAACACCACUAACAUGUGUCAACAUUCAACAAAACGAAUACAACCAAACGCAAGGACUGGGACAGACAAAUUACACUAUUGUAGGCGGAAUGAAAUAUAGACAAUCAGAUUAACAGAUUAGACAGCAUUCGGACGGCGGGGGUCAUUCUAAGAAAAAUUUAGUACAGCAUAAUUAUUUCGACAAGGACAAACUGUGAGGUGUGAGGUAUAGUGAACAUAUAGGCUAACAGUGUGGCGCAUAUUAGAUACUUAAGUUAAGAUAAGAUAAGAUAAGAAACUUUAUUUAUGUGUCAAAACAUUUUAGCGUUUGGCACGCUAAUUGGGGGGACACAGAUUAAGCCUACUGUUAUACAAAAAGUAUACUUAUACGACUAGCUAUGAGUAGAUAAAUUUACAAUACUAAUACUAAUCCUUAAUUACUACAUAGAUAGCAGUUACUACAACCACUAUCCUCUAAAAAACUAAAGUCAACUUUCCUAAUUUCACUCUUGAAAACGUUCAAAGUACUGAUGUUCCUAACUUCUUUACUUAACUUUGACCAUAAAAAAGGUCCUAAGUAUCUAAUUGAGUAUUUUCCAUAUUUUACCGUAUUAAAACGCGGUAUUCUGAAAUCAGAAUUUCUUAGAUUAUAUGUCGUAGUCUUAUCAUUAGUACAAAAUAAAUUGAUUAAAUUCUGAAUAUAUGAGGGAGCAAGAUUAUUUUUAAUUUUAAACAUUAGUAUGGCAAUAUCUUGUACACGUCUGUGAUAUAGCGUGGGAAGAUUUGCUUUUGCGAGUAGUUCUUCAUACGUAAGUGUUUUGAAGUUGAAAACUGCACGCUCUUGUACUCUUUCCAACUCUUGUCUAUCCGAUGCUCGACAAAAAUGCCAUACUAAAUGGCAAUAUGUCAGAUGCGGUAAUACAACUGUCUUGUUGAUGAUUAAUUUUCCUCUUCGGGAAUAAGAUUUCUUAGACGCAUCAACACUCCAACUUUUCUGCUUGUUCUUUUGCAUAUUUCGCUAAUAUGACAUCUAAAAUCAAGUUGGUCGUCUACAUCCACACCAAGUAGCUUUAAUGAUGUAGACUGUUCAAUAAUUUAUCGUUUAUGUUAAUAUUCAUUGUUCUCUCAUUCUCAUUCUUUCGACCAAGGACCAUAGUUUGAAACUUUUCUAAAUUUAAAUUAAACAUAAGAAAUUUUCUUCAUACCACCUGGUUGUAAUAUUAACAUCGUUUUCCAAUUUCGCUUCAACCUCUUUAACAGUGCUUCCACUUCCAUAUAAUUGGUGGUCGUCCACAUACGUAGAUAACUCAGAACCACAUAUGGUAUAAGUAAGAUCGUUUUGAAAAAUAUUCCAUAACAACGGACCGAAAUUUGAACCCUGAGGACAUCCCCUCUCUAAAAGUUUCCACGUACUUGUUACUGACCCAAUUUUGACACGAUUCAUUCUACUGUUGAAGUACGAGCGUAGUAAUUUUAACGAACUCUCCGAAAAAUUGUAAGCUUCUAAUUUCUUAACAAUAAGAGGUGGAUAAAGUGAAUCAAAUGCCUUACUCAUAUCUGUCGAAACAUAGUUGUCUCGCAGCUGUGGCCUUUGCGAUAGGCAGUCAUAUUAUCGCUUAAUUUGUUUUCAAUAAAUCCAUUUGUUUGCAUACUUAACAAUUUUUCAUAGACUUUGUCUACGCUCGACAUGACUGUUAUCGCUCUGUAAUUCCCAUCUUUCAUUCUAUCGUCUUUCUUGUAAAUUGGUAUCCAUUCACCGCGCUUCCACUUUACCGGCCACACACCAUCUUUUAUACUCAUGUUAAAUAGUUUUGUCAGUGAUGGAGAUAUUUCCCUGGCACAUGACUUCAAUACAUACGGGUGAAGAUUGUCAAAUCCUGCUGCUUUUCGUGGGUUUAGGUUUUUCAGUAUGUCUUCUACUUCAUCUGUGGUUGGUUACUUCUCUAAAAUUGAACGAUUCAACGUUUUCAUCGUCCAUCUUACAUUUUAUUGUUUGAAUGCUUGGAUGAUCUAUAAAAUCAUGUUCAGUAAGACUGCUCACAUUAUCUCCACCAAUUCCAUCUGCAAUCGUGGCAAAGUAAUUAGCUAGGUGUUCUGCAACCUUCUGUUGAUCUCCUUCUGGUUUACCGGCUAUAUUCAGAGAUAUGCCUUCUCUACAUUUUCCUUUUCCUUAUUUCUCAAGAAAAGGCAUGAAAGUUUUAUAAAAUUGUCUAGGAUUUGAUUUCAUUUGACUGGCGACUUGCUUCCAAUAGUUCUUAAUUGCUUUGCGUCUUUCUUUUGUAGCUUUAUUCCUCCAUUGUUUCAUUAAUUCAAAAUUUUCCUGAGUUUUUUUUUUUACUGUAUCGUUUAGCAUACCUGCUCUUUGCCCUCAUCGCUUUCUUCCAGUUGGUGGUCCUAUAUGGUACGUCUCUUGAUCGAACUUUCAUCCUUUUAACAGGGGCACAUUCCUCUAGAAUACUGUUUAAUUGUGUGUUCCAGCACUCGUACUUUUUGUCUAUUGUAUCAAAAAUAUCUGCUAUAUGCCAAGGUACCAAUUGGAGAUCCUUUUUUAGCUUUUCUUCGUUCACAUUCUUAAAGCUUCUAAAUGACACAAUUUUGUAUGUAUAAUGAAUUGCUCUGAGAGACAUAACACCGUACACCAUCGCAUGGUCACUUAUCUGUGGAUCAAACACAUCACAUUCCGUGAAAAGUUAGGUUUGUUGGUAAUGAUAACAUCUAAUAACGUUUCACUGUUUCUCGCCACUCUUGUUAGUGGUUUCUUUACUAAGCAUUCGAGACCAUGCACUUCUUCUAAGUCACACAGUAUUUUCCCUUCUCUGCUUUCAGGUUUUAAAAGAUCUAAAUUCAAAUCUCCUGUGAUUAUAAUAAACUGUUUUUCCAGAGAACUCCAAUGACAAAUUUCAUUCAAUUCCUCUUCUUCUUCUCCUUUUCCUCUAAUAGCUAGGAGAGUCCUGGGGUAUGCUUCUCCUGGAAAAUUUUGAAUUUUUGUAGUCCAGAAAGGCCGUUAUAUUUCCUGCGUUUUCGCAGUGACAUUUGGUUCUUUUUUUGCCUUAAAUUUCUUUAUGCAUAGGCGCUUAAUUUAUAACUAAUUUCAGGGCCGCCGGAACUGGAGGGGGGGGGGGCAGGCGGGGCAGCCGCCGCGUUGCCCUUUACCAGGAGGGCAAGGGGGGGGCAAAGGUGCCCUUUCAAUUUAAAGGAUUGCCUUGGCGAAAUAGGGGAUUUUCAGAAAUGUUAGAGCAAUUCUUUUAUGAAUUUGCUUCAGAAAACGCAAGAAAUACAGUCAUCGAGCUUCCAGAAUAGCACAAUCGCCUGGCGGAGAACCCCCUCACUCCCCUAUCAUCCAAUAAAUAGAAAAGAUAAUUAGGCGAAGUUCAACUACCGAUGUUUUGCAAACAUCUCUUAGUAUAUACCAAUUCAAAAGUGCCCUUUCGCGAAAAUCGCUCCGGCGUCCCUCACUAAUUUUCAUUAAGAGCCCGAUUUUAUUUAUAAGCUCAAUUUUAGAACUGCUCAUUUUAAGUUUUAGAACUACCCGUUUUGGAAAAUGGGACACCUUAGGAUAACUCGUGUCGGACGGGAAAUCAAUAGACAUCUCAACAACACCUGUCAAGCUAAAAUAAUAGAUACCAAACUUUAUCUGUUGCAUGUUAUGUUUUAGACGGCAACGGAACAAUAAAUACAAUCUCACAAACAGCGACUUUUUAUUCUGUUCGUGUUAUCAUGCCUACAGCUGGUGUAUGGAAAUUUACCAUAACUGCAACUGGACCAUUUACACUUCAAGUUAAAGCACAAAGCACUUUGGCUUUUACAACAUCUCUUGAGAAGGAAGAAUAUUCUAGCACUUUUCAGAAGUUCCUUGUUCCAAUAUCAGGCAACCCAAUUAAAGGUAGGAGCUUUUAAAUUUUUAAUUGCAUUAUAAUAAGUAAUUGAUAUAUCCAAACAACUUAUGAAGAUAACUGAAAAGUAACACAUACGAAACCAACACAAAACAAUAUAUCUUGUGUGCGUGUUUUUAAUGUUUUUCAAAGAUAGAAGCACUAAAAAUAUUUUUGAGCGACACAAUUGAGGUCUCCCAAAGGGAAAAGGUCUGCAUGUGCUCCGUAUAUUCACUUGAAAGUUUUCCUUCGUUUCCUUGUUCCAAAAAAAAGCUUCACCAUGAUGCCUUGUUCUCUCUAAUGUUUCGGUUUAAUUUGAUUCUGUGCUCUUAUUGCAAAAUAUCGCCUGUUCUCUAAGUACCCCUAUAGGAGACCCUCAAAAGUGCAUAGAAUAACAUUAUACAUGCCAGGGCCGUACGCAAAUCCGUACGCAGGAUUUUUUCCCUAGGGGACAAUAAGACCUAUAUGCCGGAAAAAGUCCCAAAUAUCCAAAGGAUAAUUAAUAAUGACAUAUGAUUCUAAAAAUCGUAAAUAUAGUCUUCUCUGGAGGGGCAGUUGCCCCUUGUCCCUCGCUGUGUACGGCCCUGAUACAUGCCCUCGAGGAUUUAAAAAGUUACUAAGAAUCGCAGGGAAUAUUAUACAGGUCGAAUAAAAAAGUAAUUCAACUUUGACAUGUUAUCGUAUGUUAAUAAUUACGUUUAUAGGUUUUCUGUUUUUGUAUUUAUAAAGAUCAGGGGCCAGUUGUUCAAAGUUAGGUUAGCUUAACCCUAAGUUAACCUAAUAUUCAAAGCAAACUUCCUGACAGCUUGUCCACAAAUUUGGAAAUAUUUCUUCAGAGAUCUUGUCUGGGUCGAUAGGAGUUCACUUCUCUGACGUUUUGAGAUAAACAAACGUGCAGAACUACGCAAACCAAAACAGGGGGUUAAAUUUUAACCAAGGGUUAGCGCUAACCCACCUUUGAACAACCGGCUCCAGGCUUUUAACUGCCAAAUGACACCUUUAUGGAAUCAUUGCGAUAAAAAAGAUCACUAAUACGAUCUGGAUUAAAGUGGUCGCGAUCGGUUGAAAUUGCAUUUUUUACUUUAAAGAUUUAAUGUUCUUCCAAUUUUGGGUCAUAUAUUUGCUCAAAAUACUUGUUAAUUCCUUAUUUUGGAAACGUAUGGCAUUGCGAGUUUAGUUUGCAAACUUCCAGUUCUGUAAAAUGUCCCAAUGAUACAAGAAAAGUAUCAUUCGACGGCUAAAAACCUGAUCUUUAUUGGUAUGAAAAAAGUAAGUAAAUGGAUGAAUGCAAUAUCUAAUGAAUGAUCACCAAUUGCACGACUUGCAUGCCGGUGUAAUUAUUUAUUUAUUGUAUACAGGCCUAUACAUGACAAAUUAUAGCUAUUGGAUCCCCUCCCCUCGGUAUUGAUGUCACGUGAAUUCAAAGAACAAAUGCAUAAUUUGACGCAUUUAACAGUUGAAACAUGCAAACUAUGUGCAAGAAAUAACUAUAAACGUCUUACUUAAUUUAAGAUUUAUUUAAAUUCAAAUACUUAUUCGAAUUGUCCAAGCGAAUCUGCGAUAUAAACCGAAUCGCACGUUCUUGAUGCGUCAACAUCAAUUGUUCAAGUUCAAAAAUAUUAAAUGUUCAGCAAGAGAGUUAUAGGUCAAUGUUUUUUUUUGUAUAUUUUAAUUUUCUACUUUUGUUUUAAUGUUUUAAUUGAACUGCACAUGACAUGAAUUUUUUGGCCUUAAUUUUAUUGCUUUACUAGAAAGUACCCCUGAAAUGAUGGAGAAUGGUGGUUGCAGUUUUCUCCCAUCUCAUCUCAAUCCAGAGUCAUUACUGUUUUUGUAAUUUGAGCUAUGACGUCAUAAGUUGUGCUAAAGUUUGGAAGAAAAACUGAAAGUGGAAUAUUUUCAAGAGGAUUUGAGCAAAUGAAAUCAGUGAAACUUUGCACAGUUGUUGAGUGCAGUCACACAUAUAUUUUGUGUGGUUGUCAAGCAACGCACUAGUUUUCCUCGCAUCAAGUCACACGGUUCCUGCUGUAUACAGCUAAGAAAAGCGCUUGUUUCACACUUUUAAUUUGACAAGUACUAAAAUGUUCCCCAUGAAGAACAUAAACAAUGAAAACAACAGAAAUAGCCAUUUGUGUUGUUGGAAAUAUAAAACUAAGUUUAUGCAAGAAAGAGGAAACUAGGGUGUUGCCUUGACAACCACGUCAACAUACUAAGCUGUAUGUGCGACUGCACUCAACAACUGUGCAAAGUUUGAUUUCAUUUGAUUUGAAUCAUCUUGGAGAUAUUCCACUUCAAGUUUUUCUUGCAACUUAGCACAGCUUAUGACAUCAUAGCUCAAAUUACAAAAACUGUAAUAACUCUGGAUUGAGAUGAGAUAUAAAAAAACAGUAAUCAUAAUUCUUCAUCACUUGAAGGGUACUUUCUAGUAAAGCAGUAAAAUGAAGGGAAAAAGUUCAUGUCAUGUGCACUUUAACUCUUUACGUAUGUGAAUUGUAGGCUCGUUUGUAUUUACAAAGCGAAGCGCCAUUUUGUUUUGUUUUUCAAAUAAUUAAUUGCACUCGUCUUAAACCAAUUACAUUGCAGUAAUUGUAAUAAAAUAAUAUAUAUAGUAAGUACUGUGUCAGGCAAACAAUUAUGAAAUUAUCAUUAAAUUGAAGUACCAACAAUCUUAAAGUGUUUGGGAGUACAUUUUUUUUCUCUAUCCGACCGCCCCUCAUUAAAUUUUUUUGACCAAUUGUGCAGGAACGUCGCUAUACGUGACAGUAGAACCAACAGAAGAUGCAUUACAAGCCAACAGAAACAUCAUGGGUUACUUAAUAGAUACGGCGGGAAAUCGUUUGGAAAGUUUCGAAUUAGAGCAAGGACAGGAGUUCUAUAGUAACUCGUAUUUUGGCUUGGUUAAAUUGAACCACGAUGCAUUUAAAAUAAUGUAUUUUGGCUACAGUAAAAAUGGAGAAACCAUCCAGCGUCUGCUAUCUCGAGUGAUCAGACCCCAAGAAUUUGAGGUUGAAAUAUCUGUACAGAACAACAGUUUGAGUUUAACACCAAACGAAACAACGUCGAUUAUUGUACUUCUCAAAAACCACGGUUCGAAUACCACCUUCUCAAUUCUGGUGUCCGAUGAUAAAUCAUUUGUUGCUUCAUUUUCACCCAAGAUUGUCACUGUGAGAAGCAAUGAUUCAGUCGAUAUUCACAUUGAUUUUUUUGCUCCUGCUAAUACAAAUGAUAGUACGACUACAUCAGUGUCAGUUUCGGCCUCAAUCCAGUCUGCAUCUACAGUUGAUCUUGCAAAUUUCCUCUCGUUUGAAGUUUCAGUUUUUUCAAAGGUACUUUAUUUUAUAUCUUUUGAACCACCAUAAAUGUUGUCCUAUUUUUAACAUUUUUGUGUAUAUUUACACCUAACUUCCUUUAAUUUUUUUAAAUAAAGUCGUCUAGGUCCUUGACUCGUCAUAUAUUUCAAACAAGGAGUGGAUAAUUUUUAACCGAGAAUAUUUAGGAGAAGAGGGACUUUUAAAUCUGUCUUCGCUUGCCAAACUUCUUCUAAGAGUUUUUCAAUGAGACUUAAGGGGGCGAUAUGGUGUUCCAUCAUUAAUUAUACACAGGCAAAUUUAUUCCUUCGGAUAUUAUACGGAUAAAACAACCAGCCGGCAUGAAAAAUAUAAGAAGAAGUUCAACGUUUUCUGGCCAAGUAUAGCACAUGGGCACGCGCGUUACAUUUUUCAAAAUGAAAGCUAGCUAGGGUGGGGGGCGAUCGCUCACCCCUUCUAGUUCCAGCCACUGGACUGUAAAGUUGCAGUGGUCACAUCAAUAACAAUAAUUCCUAGAUUUGAGAUCAGUGACAGUAUUGGCCAGUCUGUAUCCUCUUUUACGUCAUUGUGACAUAUAUGGCACGCUUAAUAUCGUUUUAAUACUUACCAAUAUUUUUGUAUUUACAGAAGUUUCGAUUUAUAAACGAGACUGAGGUUACUUCAAAACUUGAUCUAUCAAGUUUUCUUACUCCUUCUGACGAUGAUAGUGAUGAUGAAUCAGGUAAUAUAUGUGCAUGUAGAAGCAUAAAUAUAGAAAUAAUGCAUGAUAAAGAAAACGCAAGGAUCCUGAAAAAACAUACGUAUACAGAUCAAAACCAAAAACUUAGGAAUAGGAAACGAUAAGAAUAAAAAUAGGUACUAAGCAUAUCUGUAGGCAGCUGUGCAAAGGCAUAUUCCCUAUUGAUACAAUUCACAAAUUUUGACUAAAAGAUAUGAAUAAAAUAAUGCAUCCUGAGUGAAUCAAAAUAUUGAGUAAAGUUACAAAAUUAUGAGCAAAUGUACUCUAUUUUUUGUAUAACAACAGUUGAUUGCAUUGUCCCUGUCCUGAGAUUUUGAUGUGAAAUUAAUAACACGGUCUAUAUAUUGUUCCCUGACAUGAUAAGAAUCACGUCAAGUAUUCGCCAUUACAAUCAAUCAUAUUCAUAGCUGGUACCGGGAGGCCAGAAAAAACCUUCCACCUCUUGGCAGGAAAUCUGGUCGGGACCAAGGCGCCAGCUAGCUGCCCACACAGCAAAAUUAUAAAGUUGUAAAACUUGAAGCAUAGAAACUGUUUCUUUAAGUAGAUCCAAGUUUGAGCUGUCAACUGCACUGUCCGAGAUACUUCUCUUGAACAGCAACGCUCUUUUAUACUCUUGCUUGAGACGACACCGCCCACUUGGGAAUAUUGCUUUGACGUACGUAAUGAAUAUACUUUCCUACUACACUGCGUACCGUAGUAAACUACUUAUUCCUACUUUGUUUUAUUUUAAAGAUGGUGGAUUACCAACAUAUGGGAUCAUUCUCAUUGUUAUUGGUGGUGUUGCAAUACUCCUGUGUUCUGUAGUAGUAAUAUUUAAGGUUUUAAACCACUGCCAAAAACCAGUUGGCAAGGUGUGAUUCAUUAGCACCGACAGUUAAAGUUCAUCUGCUAUUAUAAACAUUUUGUAUUUAAUUAAAAGACAGCUUAUAAUAUCCUGGUCUGAAAUUACUCUAACUGAACGUAAUUGUUCAAAAGCGUUAUUAUAGAAUAGUUGUAGACGCUGUGUAAUCUAAGCUAGAAACGUAACUGCAUAAUAAUUAUAGCUGGUUAGUUUAUUUCAAUAAAACUCGCAUUAGCC